AUGGACCUGCCUUUUCCGACCGACGUACAAGAAUUCGACAGCGAUGAGCGUAUAUCUUUCUCAAAGUUAGAUAACAAGUUCAUAGCGGUCCAUGACGAUGGAACCGAAUUCGAAUUCGAUGCCGACCAGAAGAAAUGGGUUCCUACGGAAGAAGAGCCAUUGGAGGACGAUCUGGACGACCUUAGAGAAUACAGCGGAACCCCUGCAGAUGAUGAUGCGUCAAAUAAGAAGAGGAAGCAAGGAGUAGAAAAUGGAGACGCGCAAAAGCCUCCGCCGCAACCUAAGCAGAACACAGCCGUCUAUGUGACUGGCCUCCCCGCCGACGCCACGGUCGACGAAGUCCACGACCUGUUCUCUCGCAAGGGCGGCGUCAUUGCCGAGGAGAUUGAUAGCGGAGCGCCGCGGAUCAAGAUGUACAACGAUUCCGAAGGCAACUUCAAAGGCGAUGCCCUCAUCGUCUUUUUCAAGCCCCAGAGCGUCGACAUGGCCAUCAUGCUGCUAGACGAUACCAAUUUUAGAUUUCUGCCUAGCGGAACAACAGAGGGAAGGAUUCGAGUCCAGGCCGCUGAUUCAAGCUACAAAAAGACACAGUAUGACCAGGAGGGGGGUGCUGGCGAGGCAAGCAAUGGCAAUGGCCAGAAAAGACAGAGGAAUGAGAGGGAUCGACAGAAGAUCAUCAAAAAGACACAGAAGCUUGACGCUAAACUCGCAGAUUGGGAUGACGAUGAUCCAUACGCGUCAUUGGUGCCAUCCAACUCAAAGCGGGACAAGACAGUCAUCCUACGGCACAUGUUCACUCUCCAAGAGCUGGAGGAGGAUCCUGCUGCCUUGUUGGAAAUCAAAGAAGACAUUCGAGACGAGUGCUCCAAACUCGGCGCCGUCACCAGUGUGGUUUUGUACGAUUUGGAGCCCGAUGGCGUGGUAUCCGUCAAGUUUAAGAGCACAGAAUCUGCAGCCGCCUGCAUCAAGCUCAUGCACGGACGAAGUUUUGGCGGCAGCACAGUCGAGGCAUCACUGUCGGAGGGCGAGAAAUUCAAAAAGUCACAGAAUGAAGCCAACGAGGACUCGGAUUAA